GCCGUCACGAUCCCGAGUACGAAACUGAACGUGAUUUCAGGAUUAAAAUUCUCCGAGGGGAGAAAAAGGUGCCACUUUUGCAUGCAGAGUGCUGUCUUCUUCUUCGUCCUCUAUUGUUUCUUCUUUCCAAUUUACUUACGAUUUCGGUUUGUUAGAUCGGAGCAAUGGAGGGUUCUGGUAAGAGAAUUCUGAUGACCUCCAAUGGAGAUGAGAUCUCAAAGGGCAUCGCGUUCCAUCUGGCCAAGUGUGGUUGCAGGUUAGUUUUGAUGGGUGAUGAAGAUGUCCUUCAGAGCAUGGUGGGGGAGAUUACAAGUUCCUUGAAGGGGAUUGAUCCAUUUGAAGUGGUUGGAUUAAAUAUGGAGGAAGAGAACGAAGUGGUUUUUGAUGUCGCUGUGGGUAAAGCUUGGAAAUCCUUAGGGGAGAUCGAUGCUUUCAUUAAUUGUUACACCUUUGAAGGGAAGAUUCAAGAGCCUCUACUUGUGUCUGAAGCUGAAUAUAAAAAGAUAAUAAAAGUUAAUGUUAUGGCCCCAUGGUUCCUGCUCAAGGCCAUUGCUAAAAGAAUGAAGGAUUCUGAGUUAGGAGGGUCCAUAAUAUUUCUGACUUCAAUUAUGGGUGCAGAAAGAGGGUUGUAUCCUGGUGCUGCUGCCCUUGGUUCGAGCAUGGCUGCUGUACAACAGUUAAUUCGGGCAUCAGCAAUGGAGCUUGGCAAGUAUAAGAUAAGAGUUAAUGGCGUUGCCCGUGGCUUGCACUUGGGUGACAAGUAUCCUGUGUCAGAAGGCAUAGAGAAGGCCAAGAAGUUGACCACAAUGGUGAUGCCGCUGCGGAGAUGGCUUGACCCCAAAAACGAUCUAGUUUCGACUAUGAUCUAUUUGAUCAGUGAUGAUUCUCGCUACAUGACUGGCACCACCGUCUUUGUUGAUGGUGCCCAGUCCAUUGUGAGGCCUCGAAUGCGAUCUUAUAUUUAGUAGAAACCCAGCGAAGUGAUAUCUUCGUUUGCUCUAAAUCUAGCACACCAUAUCCAAUGAUGAAUAAUAUUGCAAGAAGUAUAGAAACAAUGAGUUUUCAUACUACGUGGAUCCCAUAUAUUGUGAUCAGCCUGAGAUAUGGUCUAUGGUUAAAUCUGUGCAAAAGAUGGCUUUUUACAUGCCUAUUGUGCCAUUUCAAGCUCCCGGUGUGAUAGGGACUGUUACAUGUAUUAUUUGGACAUGGUUUGUCGAAAUAAAAAUUUUGAGAAAAUAGUUUUAUGGUUUUA